AUGGAACAGGAAAAUGAAGCCGAUCAUCUCGGCGAACACACAACAAAAAAAAAAAUGUUAUUUUCUUCCAACAAUAAUCACAAUCAGGUAACUUCAAAAUCAAUUAAUGAUCAGGAAAUGCUAAUGACAAACAUUGAUUUAAAAAUUGAUCCUUCUAAAUCUUAUAAUAAUAAUGUUAAUUCAAGAUCAAACUAUACAUCUAACUCUGUUAUUGAUAAUAUCCAGCAGGGAAGAGAACAUUUUACUGUUCAAUUGAGUCCAUCUAAAGUUUUCAACUGUCAUAAUUCUUCAGAAAUUGAUUUUGAUACAGAUUCUGAUCAAAAAUCUAAGACAAAAAAUAUAACCAGAUCCAAUUUAGAGAAUAAUAAUCAGGAGCUUUUAAAAAAUAAAAGUCUAAUUCAAUUUAUGGAAUAUAAAAAAACUAGCUCUGACAUUCUAAAACCAAAUGAACGUGCUACUAAAUUAUGUAAAAAAUAUAUUAGUUACAAAUUUUCUUGUUUAAUUUGUGACACUAAAAUAAAAUUGUUAAAAGAUUGGGAGUCACAUGCUAUAAGUACACUUCACUUAGAAAAAUGUAUGAUCAAAAAUGAUUAUGUAUCAUACGAUUGUGGUGGUUGUAAAACAUUUUUAUUUGGAAAUAAGGGACACAUUUUAAAACAUUGCAAAGAUAUUCAUAAUGAUAUAUCCGAACUACCAUAUGUUUUUAGAUGUAUGAAAGAAGUGUUUUAUCAAUGUAUAUUUAUAAGUCCAACCAAUUGGAAAUCUUGGUCAUUUUGUGGUCCUUGUAAAAAUUAUUCAUUUUUAAAAAAAAAAUGUUAUUCUAUUAACCACAUUAAUAAAAAAACAAUGAAUUUCAAAUGCAAUUCAUGUUUAAUAGAUUUUAUAUGUAGCCAAGAAGUGUAUAAUAAACAUUUAAUGUCAUGCGAACAUAUCAUGUUGGAAUAUUUUAAAUCCAAAAAAGUUGGUGAAAAUCUGGAAACAAAAACUAUAUGCAAUUUAAAACUGCCUCCAAUAGUUUUAAAUAAAUUUACUAUUGAUAAUGUAAAAGCUACUUGUAAUGAUUGUAAGUUUCAAAUGGUGUCCAAUGAAAAAGCAAUAACUGUUCAUCUAACUGAAUGUAUUAAUAAAUCUGAUGUAGGUAGAAAAAAUACAUCAAAAAUCAGUACUUACUUUUGUACAAUCUGUAAUAAAAUCACAACUGAUUUUAAUCAAUGGAAGUUACAUUCAGUAUUAUCAAGUCAUUUAAUUAAAUGUUAUGAUAUUAAGGAUUUAGUUUCAUAUACAUGCGAACUUUGUGAUCUGCAUUGUUAUGGUGUUGUAAAUCAUGUAACAGAACAUCAAAAAAUUCAUCCAAACAAUUCUGAAAAAAAUCUUUCCCUGUUUAUGGCUUUUAACUUCCAUCGUAUUAACAAAGAUUUAAAAACCAAAGACUUUUAUUACUGCGAAGAAUGUGAAACAUAUGCUGAAGUCAAUUCAAAUUCAGAUCAUUGGAAUAAAAGUCAUAAGACUAAAUUGAAACGUAUAAUCUGUCAACCUUGCCGUACAGAAUUCUUUUGUAUUGAAGGUAAUUUGUUGUUCAAUAAACAUACUAUAUCAAGUGAACAUAUUAUUUUAAAAUCUUUGGCCGCUAAAAGUCCACUUCCAGAACUUAAUUUACAAUCAUUGAUCAAUGAAAAUCAAAAACCUUGUGUUUCAACAAUUGUUUUAAAUAAAUAUAAAUUAAAUAUUAAACCAUAUUUACAGUUCUUUCAAAAUGUCAAUGAUGAAAAUAAAACUAUUUGUAAAUCAUGUGAUAAUCUAAUUGAUUUAAAUCACAGUGAUCUCAUUAGUCACUUGUUAGUUUGUAAUCAUGGAUUGGUUAAAAGUAUCCCUCAAUCAAAUUUAAAUUAUUUUCAAUGUCUAGAGUGUGCAUUUUGUUCCAACAAUAAAGAUACAUGGAAAAAACAUGCAAUUACACAUGCAAAAUUAGACACUAAUAUUUGUUAUUCUUAUAUUUGUAAAAGUUGUAACUCUUUAGUGUAUGGAGAAAUUAAUGAUAUUGAAUUACAUUUAAUUACUGAACAUAAGACAACUAUUAUAAACAUGCCAUUAGAGUCAGUGUUAAUGGCAAAACAAUUGAUGAGGAGAAAUAAUAAUGCUUGCAAAUCAUCUGAUAUUAUGUGCUUUUGUGAGCCAUGUAAUAAAAUAUUUAAGUCAAGUGAAAAUAAUAACCACUUUAAUACAGACAGUCAUGCAUCAACGGCAUCAGAUAUUGUAGAAUUAUUUUACUGCAAUGACUGUAAAGUUGAAUUCUAUUCUUCAAUUACAGUUUAUGAAUGUCACAAGUUAACUGCAGAACAUAUAAUUAUGAGCUCAAACAGUAUAAAAACUGGAAUUAAGGCUCUUAAACCUAUGAAACUUGAUACCCAUUUACUUACCUAUGUUACUGAUCAACGUUUGUAUGAUUCAACUCUAAACAUUGCAUUUUUCUGUUUUGUUUGUGAUUAUUUGUGUUCAAAGUUAGAUGUAUGGAAAAACCAUAUUAAUAGUAAAAAGCAUAUCAAGUCUUCUAAAUGUCUUUGUAUGGACCACCGUUGUAAAAUUUGUAAAACACUUAUGUUUGGACAUCGACAUCAAAUGUUUGAACAUUAUAGCAACCGUUUUCAUUCAAUGUUAAGACAAUUUAAAUCAAUGACUUCUACAGAGGUUUUAAAACAAAAAUGUGAAACAAAACACACAUGCAAUAUGGGAACAACUUCUGAAAGUAAUCAAACUGCAGUAUUUAAUGAGAAUAUAUCAGGAGAAUCUAGUACUAAUGAUAAUGCAGUUAAUUUAUUAACAAAUAUGAUGAAUAGUUUAUCGAAUCAAUCAAAUAUUCAUAAAGAAAGUAGUUUAUUAGAAGUAUCUACUACCAAUAAUGCCAAUGAAACACAUUCUAUAAUAUUAGAUGAAUUUCCUCCCGAAUCAAAUUCUCACCAUAAUGGUAGUGUAGUAGAUGAAUCUAUUACAAAAAUUAACGAAACUCAAUUAAUGGGAAAAAUUAUAGAUGAACCAAAUAUUUGUCAAGAUAGAAUAAUAGAAGAAUCUACUAGCAGUUUUAGUGAAAAACUCUCGGAGAAAAAAAUGGUGGAUAAAUCAAAAACUCAAAAUUAUAGUGAAUUUUAUGGAUUGAAAAUAAAUAUGUUAAAGGAAAUGAUUAAUCAAAACCAAGAGAUAAACCCACAAACUUCUUAUUAUUGUGCGUCUUGUGAUUUUAUUACUGCAGGAGAAAAAAAUUUUGACGAACAUAAUUUAACAGAGCAUUUUAAUGAAGUGCAACAUAAGGUAUUUUGUGAAAUUUGUAAUUUAUAUCAAUUUGGGCUGUCUGAUUUAGAUGAACACGAUAACACUAUUGAACAUAAAAAUAUGUUAGAUUUAAAAAAAAAUAUGAAUUCAAAAAAUUUGAAAAAAAAAACUAAUAAAAUAAAAAAAAAUUAUGAAAAAAACUUGACUGCUGUCAAUCCGUUAGAUGUUACUCAGACUUCAAAAACGGACAAACAACAAACAAAUGGUAGUAAAACUGAUGAAAAAGAAGCAAGUAAUCGUAAAAUCAUGAUUGAAAUUAAAGGCGUAAAACCACAAUAUAAGAAAAAUAGCUGGGUUGAAAUUAAGAAAAUAUUUUCUUUUUAUGGACUUUUUGGAAUUAUUACUAAACACAGCUCUGUUAUAAUCAUAUAUCGUAAAUUAGCAGCCAUGAACAAAAUGUUAAAUGAUAAAGAAAUGUUGGAAAGAAAAUAUGAAUUUACUAUUAAUGUUUUAGUUGAAGAUGACAAAUUACCCGAAUUACAUAAAACAACUGUAUUUGAGUUUGGAAAUAAGGAAGUACUGCUAAAAUCUAUUGACACACAGAUCAUGGAAAUUAAACAAGAAAUUUCUAAUCCUGAUAUAAUUGAUAGAUUAUUUUUAUUAGUAAACUCAAUACAUAGUUGUGCUGGCCAACAUUUCAAAGGAAGUAAAACAUACGCUUUUGGAUCACGUAUGUCAGGUCUUGCACUUAAGGAUAGUGAUGUGGAUUUAUACUUUGAUAUUGCUGGCACUUUUGGAGGAGAAUUAAGUAAUGAUCUAUAUGCCCAAGAGGAUCUAGUACGUUAUUUUGGAAAAGUAUUUCGGUCUCAAAAUAAUGAAUAUAAACAUAUCCAACAAAUAACUGGAGCACGUGUGCCUAUAGUCAAAUUUUUACACGUCCCUUCUGGCCUAUAUUGUGAUUUAUCUUUCAAAAGUGGCCUUAGUACACAUAACACAAAAUUAGUCAGAUUAUACUUAGCAUUGGAUGAACGUGUUCACUGGAUUGUUUGUGCAGUUGUCAAACGUUGGGCAUUACAAAAUGAUAUGAAAAAUCAAAGUAUGUUUACCAGUUAUGCUUUAGCAUGGUUGGUCCUCUUUUACUUGAUGACUAUUGAUGUUGUACCUCCAUUAAUAUUACUCAGAGAACAUGCAAAUUAUUCAAAAGAUACAUCUAGAUCAGAUGUUAUGUUUAUAGAAGAUUGGGACUGUACUUUCUGCACUCUAGAAAAAGCAAAACAAAUAUGGAAAGUACCCGAGAUUCCUUGUUGGGAUUUAUUAUUUGGAUUUUUUAAAUUUUAUUCAGACUCUACCUUACUUCAGCAAUUUGUUCUUUGUCCAGCUAUUGGAAGUGCUAUAUCUAAAAACAAAUUUUAUGAUGUUCCAAGGGCAACACCAGAUGUAUUAGGUUUUAGCAAAAAAAAAAAUGGUAAACCUAUUGACUGGUGUUUACGAUUAAGAGAUAACUUUCAUGGUGAUGGUCUUGCAGUACAAGAUCCUUUUGAUCUUUUUCACAAUAUAACAAAAGUCAUUAUACCUAGAAAGUUACAAACCUUCUCUUAUUUAUGCAAUAAGACUAUGGAAGUCAUGAAAAAUGGAGUUCAACCUUAUUAUGCAUAA